AUGUCGCGUUAUGUGAAUCUAAAUUCAAAAGGUUUUGACUCAAAUGCAAGAUGUGAGUAUCACUCUAACACCCAAGGGCAUAGUACUGAAAAUUGUUGGACAUUAAAGAAAGCCAUUGAAAAUUUGAUUGAAGCAAAGGCAAUUGUGGUAACAAACAAUGAGGAUACUCCUAAUAUCACAAACAAUCCGCUCCCAACUCAUGAUAAUACACAUUUUAUUGGGAUGAUUUGUGAUGAUCGGGAUUAUAAGCAGUCUGGCAAGACAGAGAUGGUUGUUAGAACCAUAGGGCCAGAACCAAAAGUGAUAGUGAGCCCGCCGCAAUUGGCACCAUUGAUGGUGAAAGGUGCGAGUUCUAGUUUGAACUUGGCAUGUUCUGAAAAAACAAUUUUCUAUGUUCCUGGAAGCACAAAAAAGGUUGAGGUUCAAUUGGGUGGGCCAAAACUUUACAUCCCCGGGGGCAUUCAAAAGAUCAUUCCGAAUAAUGGUUUGAGGAAUAUAACAGAGCCAGUCGUGGUCCGACCUGUUGCCCAACUCCUAGUGACAAACACAAAAGCUAUUCCCUGGAAUUAUAACAAGACUGUCAUAACAUACAAAGGAAAAAAGAUAGUUGAAGAAACAAGUGAAAUGGGAGGCUUAACCCGCUCUGGAAGGUGUUAUUCACCAGAGGAAUUGAGAAAAGCUAAGCAAGCCAGGGAAAGUCAUUUGCUAGUGAAAGAACCCGUUGCAGAAAAAGAAGCGGAGGAAUUCCUUAAGAAGAUGAAAUUGCAAGACUACUCAAUCAUUGACCAACUAAGGAAAACUCCUGCUCAGAUAUCUUUGUUAUCUCUGCUUUUGCAUUCAGAAGAGCAUCGUCGUGUGUUGAUCAAAACUUUGAACGAGGCAUAUGUCUCAGAAAAGACAACGGUGAAUCAGCUAGAAAAAAUGGCUGAAAGAUUCUUUGAAGUAAAUAGAAUUACUUUCAGCGAUGAUGAUUUGCCUGAGGAAGGGGCUGGCCACAAUAGAGCUUUGCAUCUUAUGGUCAAAUGUGAAGGGCACUACGUAAAAGGAGUCAUGAUUGACGGAGGCUCAAGUGUAGAUGUGUGUCCUCUUUCUACUCUACAACAGCUGAACAUCGACACUAACAGAAUUCGAACCAGUAAUGUCAGCAUCAGAGCUUUUGAUGGGUCAAAAAGAGACACUAUUGGGGAAAUCGAACUCACCAUGAUAAUCGGCCCGGUUGAUUUUAACAUUGUCUUUUAA